AUGACUCAACACAUUUGCAGCGUACCACGCUUUGUGGUGGACCUCGACAAACCACCGAACGAACGCUGGGCACACAUUGUCGACCCAUACGCGCAGCAGCUGCGGGCGGUGCUCAAGCAAGUGGAUGACCAUAUCGAGCAGCUGAACAGCACCGCAACAAGCGUCGCAGCGUCACUGGUGUCGUCGGUGUUGAGUGGGGCUGCGUCCAUGAACCGGGUUAUGUACAAGGACGAGCUCGCUGCAAUAGCCAAGCAGGCAGACGUCCCACUGGGGAAGUUAGUUGCUAUGCAGCUUGUGUACGAGGCGUCGGCGCACUGCACUUCUGUCGUGCUGCCGUACGACGAUGCAAACCUCUCAAUGGCCAGCGCGGCAGUUGGUGAGCCGGACGACCACGCCACAGCGCCGCUGCUGCCUGCACACAUCCGCACGAUGGACUGGGAGAUGGAGUUUCUGCGGCCGCUCACGGUGGAGGUCAUGUUCUUGCAGCAUGGCGCACCGCAGUUCCUGUGCACCACGUGGGUCGGUUAUGUCGGUGUGCUGACAGGUAUGACUGUGCGGCACAUGAACAGGCCCGCUGAUCAGCUGCGCCUGAUGAAGCAGAACCCGGCAUCUCUUGACGCACAUGCAUGGAAGAUUGGGGAGAGAGGCCGGCCCCCAGCUCCCGCAUCCCCUCAGGUGGAUGCCUUCGAGAAUUACAGUGUGUCGGUGAACUUCCGGGCUCCUGGCACAGGUAGUUUCUGGACCAAUUUGAUGAACGCCCUGGACAGCUACUGGCCCGUUGGAUUUCUCGUCCGCUACGUGUUGUCGCAGAGCGACGUGCCCUUCGAGUCGGCAGUUCGGGUGCUGCGCACGUCGAAACUGAUCGCGCCGUGCUAUCUCACAGUGUGUGGCAGCGCUGCACCAGGGCGUGGUGCGCUUAUUACCCGAGACCACGAAUCGGAGCUGCAGCCAUGGAACCUCAGCGACAAGGGAAUCAUAGUCCAACCCAACAUGGACCACUGGUCCGACAAGGAUGAGGAAGACAUCAUGAUGUCCAUGACACGACGCUGCAACAUGCGCUUGCUCGCGCGCGACGUUGUGAAACAGCGGUUGCGAACAACGGCAGGUUUGGCCGGUUCUGCAGUGCCACCAGCUGGUAUCGCCACGGAGGCAUUGGCCCGCCUGGCUGCUGGUUGCAGCGAGCAAGAUCGUGCUGCAUGCGAUGCAGCUUUGCUGCUCGACGACGACCCGCUGUGGACAGUGUUAUCGGCCGCGCCCAUCUGCAACGAGAUCACCAUCUACGGCUGCGUGAUGCAUCCAGCCACGGGGCGUUUCGAAACGAGGCUGCCUGCGAGGCCUGAGCUUCAAGCCCAUGGCAUUUUGGGAUUUCAUCGCGAGGCGAGACUCGCGAGACUCGCGAAUGGUGUCAGGCAGGCCGCCAAUCCAGCGACCAGUGCGGCGUUCCUCCGCUGCAAGUGUUGUCAUCAGUUUUUCGAUCCGGCUUUGAACAGCUCUGGGCAGUGCGGUCAUCGCGGCAAGUGGCACACUACCUUUGAGGACUGCAGCUACGUCAGGUGCGGAUAUGGCCUUGGUGUGAGUAAGAUAGGCCUUCAGCAUUGGAGCUGCUGCUUCUCGACCGAUGAGGAGUCCGUGUGUCCCGCGUCGCCCCCUCAUCAAGCCGAGUGA